GUGUGUGUGAUGUGUGUGUGUCCGGGACGCGCCGCAGAGCGUCCUCUGGAUGGACGGAGCAGCGCGCGCACCGUCGUGUCUCUUUAACGGAGGUAUUCUCAGGACGGGGAGGGGGGUGGAUGGGUUCAUCGGGUUCAUGUAGUACCGGACGCCUCCUCCUCCCAUUCCAGGUCGGCUGCCUCCCCGCGUCCCGCUCCAGGAGCAGCUGAUGGGGACGGGGCGCAGGUCCGCAGGGACGCGGCUCAGCGGUCCGGCUUGACCUUCUACCGGGGACACGGAGCCGCGACCAGCCGGUGACUCCGCGCCAGCCGCCGUUUCCAGGUCAUUCGAGGCGCCGGGCCGGAGCCGGUGUGUGACCGGCAGGCCGCUGCGCCCCCCGGAGCCCCCCUCUGGAAUGGGCCCUGAGCCGGACCGGCUCCCGCGGAUCACCGACCAUGAUGGCUGAUGGAUGCUGCAGAGGCGUGGAGAGAGGCCGGGCGAAGGCUGCGCCAGACCCGCUACCCAGACACCCGUACCCCCCGCAGCAGUACGCGCACGGCGGCUCCCAGCAGCAGCCGCAGCAGCCGCAGCAGCAGCCGGGGAACGACAUCCAGGAGCUGGCGUCCAAACGCGUCGACAUCCAGAAGAAGCGCUUCUACCUGGACGUCAAGCAGAGCGUCCGCGGCCGCUUCCUGAAGAUCGCCGAGGUGUGGAUCGGCAGAGGCCGCCACGACAACAUCCGGAAGAGCAAGCUGACGCUGUCCAUGGCCAUGGCGCCCGCGCUGCGCUACAGCCUGGGGGACUUCAUCGACUACUACGCCCGCAUCGGGCUGCGCGGCGGCCCGGCGCCCCCGCAGGUCGACGAGCCGAGCAGCAACGGCCAGGGCCGCGGGCCGGAGCCGCGCCGGAGGGGCGCCGCGCACGAGCAGCCCGCCCCGCCGUCCCCCGGCGGCUCCGCGGCGUCCGACGACCACGCGCACCGCGUCCUCAAGAGCGAGUUCAUCGAGCGGGACAACAGAAAGUACUUUCUGGACCUGAAGGAGAACCAGCGCGGCCGCUUCCUGCGCAUCCGCCAGACGGUCAGCAAGGGCCACGGCACCAUGGGCUACUACGGCCAGGGCAUCGAGCAGACCAUCGUGCUGCCCGCGCAGGGGCUCAUCGAGUUCCGGGACGCGCUGUCGCAGCUCAUCGAGGACUACGGGGACGAGGACGGGGACGAGCGCGGCCGGGCCGGCUCCCGGGGCCGCGACGAGCAGCCCGAGCUGCCGGAGGCGGCGUCCUUCCGCGUGGACAACAAGCGCUUCUACUUCGACGUGGGCUCGAACCGCUACGGCGUGUUCCUGAAGAUCAGCGAGGUGCGGCAGCCGUACCGGAACACCAUCACCGUGCCGCUCAAGGCCUGGGCCCGCUUCGGGGAGAACUUCAUCCGCUACGAGGAGGAGAUGCGCCGCAUCUUCACCUGCCACAAGGAGAAGAGGACAGACGGGCGGCGGGACAGCGAGGAGCAGGAGGACUGA